UGCGCUGCCGGUAAUGGUUUUGCUGUAGCCUUCCUUCCCUCCCCACUCCCCGCCUAUUUCUGCGCUAACAGGCAGCCAUCUCCACUGCUGCCUGGCUUUACACAGCGGGGAUACUGAAAGCUGGUGAAUAUGGAGAAUCAGGACAAGAUCGCCGGAAAGGAGGAGGAGGAGGCGGAGGCGGAGGCGGUGGCGGAACCGAAUGGAGGAGCCCCCAGCUCGGCUGCCGACAACAGGCAGCAGAAAGCCGAGUCUGAACAGAGAAUCGUCUGGAGAAACGUGGCCCUGAUGAGCCUGCUGCAUUUGGGCGCCCUGUACUCGCUGACCCUCCUCCCGCAGGCUCAGCCGCUAACAUGGCUGUGGGCUUAUUUUUGUUUUAUAGUUACGGCUCUUGGAGUGACAGCUGGUGCGCAUCGUUUAUGGAGCCACCGAUCUUACAAGGCAAAGCUGCCACUGCGGAUGUUCCUAGCUGCUGCCAAUUCCAUGGCUUUUCAGAACGACAUCUACGAAUGGUGCCGGGAUCACCGGGUACAUCACAAAUACUCUGAGUCCAACGCCGACCCCCACAAUGCUACCCGUGGAUUCUUCUUUUCUCAUAUCGGCUGGCUGUUUCUUCGGAAACAUCCGGAUGUGGCGGAGAAAGGAAAGAAGCUGGAUGUUAGCGAUCUCCUUGCUGACCCUGUUGUUGUGUUCCAGAGAAAGUACUACAAGACUUCUGUUUUAAUCAUGUGUUUCUUCAUGCCAACUUUUAUCCCCUGGUACUUCUGGGGUGAGACUUUGUGGAAUUCAUACUUCCUGGCUUCUAUCCUUCGAUACACAGUAUCCCUGAAUGUCACAUGGUUGGUGAACAGUGCUGCUCACAUGUACGGAAAUAGACCCUAUGACAAGUACAUCGGCCCUAGAGAAAAUAGAUUUGUUACUUUUGGAGCAAUUGGGGAAGGAUUCCACAACUAUCACCACACAUUUCCAUUCGACUACUCAACAAGCGAGUUUGGCCUCCGGCUGAACCCAACAACAUGCUUUAUUGAUUUCAUGUGUUGGCUUGGCCUGGCAAGUGACCGAAAGCGAGCCUCUAAGCAGAUGAUUGAAACACGCAAAUUGAGGACUGGGGACGGGAGCACUUAAAAGAAACACAAAGAAAAUCUCAACGUCCAUAUGAAGAUUUCACUCAUUUAAAUUUGCUGUCAUUUUAACUUGGAAAUAUAGUCAUUGCAUUUUGAGCUUGUGACAAUGACAAUGCAUCUAGCUUUAUUGCAGUUUCAUUUUUUCCCCACUUAACGCUUUUCAGUCCAUGCAAGUCAAAGACAUCCUUGAGUGCAUUCAUUAUAUUUUACAGACUGCAGAAAGGCAUACUUAGUCUGCCUGCCACAGUCUGAUGUAAUAAGUGACAGCAGAUGUCCCACACUGUCUUGCAGUAUAUAACGGCAAAACUGUAUAUCAGUCAAGUUUCCUCUGCCCUCAGGAGACUUUAUAUUCAGUUAAGAUGUCAAUAUAAUGGAUUAAUGAAACAGGUUUGUGAAAUAAUUCCCACUCUAGAAAGUUGAAGCAGUUGUCUUGCAACAUCAUAAAUUCAGAGUUGUGGGCUUGAAAGGGUUAAACUACAUGAAAUUGUUUUAAUGUUAAUGCCAGUGAUGUUGAUAAUUUCAUAUAUUUUCAGUUUAUUUGAACCCAUGACAACUUUGUACUAGAAAGUAGUUACCAAGGGGAAAGUGAAGAGUCUUGAAAUUUUGAUGUCUGCAUGUAUAAAUGGUUAUUAAGAAUCUUUGUAUAACUUAAAACAAAACAAUAUUAUUUAAUUUUGGUGUGCUGAUGGAAUGGAAGAUUGCUGUGCUUCUUGGAUGCCUCUGGUGUGACAAAGAAGAAUUGUUGGAGGGGAAAAGGAAUCUUUUUAUAAGGUUUAUCAGAUGUGGCACACAUUGUGUUUAGGGAAGAUACUGAUAGCUAUCUGCCUUUCUUUUUGAGACCAAAUCAUGUAAUAUAAAUCUGAUUUACAGAAGUGGGCCUCAUGUAUGUAUGAACAUAUGAAUCAUGGUCGGGAGAAGACUACUUUUCUCAAUGGGAAGGAGUAAAUGCAGGAUAUUUGAGAAAUGUUGAGAAAAACUUUAAUAAUAUUCAGAUCUUAGAAUGUUUCCUAAUUAAGUUCAAGUAUUCUAAUCUUUUGGCUGCUCUAUCCCUUGCUGCUUAAUAAAAUGAUAUUUUUUAUUUAUUUGGUUAUGGUUAGGAGCAAUAAUGUAUUAGGCAUAUGAAAAUCUAAAAUCAAAUUGUUAAGUAAGUUUUGAGGGGCAUGAGCAUUCUAGAUGUGCUGGAUAUUAAUUUCAAAAAUACACUUUGGCAGGUGAUAUUACCCCAUUAUACAUUUAUGACACAGUUAACAGUGAGCGCUGGGCAGUGUUUCAUGGGUGCAAAUGACUAUCAUAAUUCAACUUGUGCCUCCACUAUUAGAACUCUUUAAAGGAAGUUGCUGCUGUUUUGUUACCAAUGGGAUGGCUGCUAUUUAUACUGUGUGUAUGUGCAUGUGAGAGAAAGAGGGGGAAUUGGAGAGAGGGAGGAGGGGAAAUGCAAAGGGUACAAGCAUGUGAUAAUGUGCAAUAAAUAAGUCAUGCAGCAACACAUCAUGAUAUCACAGCAACUUAAUGUCGGUCCAUCCUCACCUUUCUGGUGAUAAGAGCAUUGCGCUAUUUAAUUGAGUGUAAAAUAAUAAGUGUGAAAUGAGUCUACAUCCUUUCCCUGUGAUAGAAUCAGUGCACCAUUUCAAAAUUCCAAGAUUAUGUGUUCAUUCUGUUUGACCUUAUAUAAUCCAUUUGUCCUAUAUUUUGUGACAGUAUUCUUCAGUAAUGGGUUUAAUGCCUAAUUUGUGGGUUAGAUGGCGUACCUAAUUGUUUUCUAUUGUAUUCUUUAUUAAUGAUAAAACAGGAGAUUACCUGAAAUAUUUUCUGUUAAUAUCUGAAUAAACCAAAGUCUGACCUUGCAAUUAUUUAUGGAUUUGACCACAGUUCAAUAAAUUAAUCAUCAAUAUUGUCAUUUUAUUUUUAAAGAGAAAGAUCAACGACUCCGAUUUAAAGAACAAGUACUUAUGAAAUUAACCACAUGAUUUGUGUGGGUCUGUAUCUGUAACCAUCACAUGACUAAAUUGUCUGCCUACCAAGUGGAGACCAAAUGUCUUUCCCAGGAAAAUACUGGGAGAGUGUUUACUUGGCCAUUCUUGUGCAUCACCUAGUUGCCUAUAAAGGAACAGUACAAGACUGAGGUAGCAACAGUCCUACUUUCCCUUUCAUCUAUAAUUGGUGCCUCAUCUGGGAACCUGGGAAAGGGAGUAGAAAAUAAUUUGAAUGAAUAGUAAGUUAAUUCAGUGAAUAGGCGAUCCAUUCAGACCGGGUGGGUCCUAAGGUUGAAUUCUAGUCUAUACUGAAUUCGGUGAUCUCAACCAAAGUGAGGGUAGUGAGAGGGCUCCAAUUGACUUCAGUAUCUCUGCAUUAGGGAGGAGAAAAUUGGCCCUUAUUCCUGCUCCUAUUUGCUAUCCUGUGACCUCUGUUGAAAGUGCAAUUAGUGGACAUUUGGUGUUGGCUCCACUGUGAUGUUGCCCUGGCCAAAUAACCCACGGUAUUCACUGAUGAGGCUAACACAAGAUAUAUAUUUCCAGCAGUAAAUUCUCUGUAAACUAUUCAAAUGGCUUGCAGUCAGCCACUUCUAUCCACCUUUCAGCUAUAGGACACUAACAUUUCCUUUAUUUAAAAUCUGACAUGCUUUGUCUCAUUGAACACUGAUAGCAACUUCUUUUGUCUGUUCACCAUCUCUGGCCAUUGUCAUGUAUCGAAUGUUUUGGGUUAUCGUAGGAUACCAACAAAAUAGAUUUGAAAAUACUAAGUCCUCAAAGCACCACAUGCUUUUUUUUUGCUGAUUUUGCAAUGAGUACGGUUGGUUCCCCCACUAACUCCAAAACAGAACGUUCUUGGAGCUGAAUGCUAUUAAAGUCACUUAGCUUAGUUAAGUGAGUUUGGUAAGAAUGCCAAGAAUUGACUUGAAUCCUGCUAUCAUCUUCCUGUGAGUAUAUUGACCCUGACACCAACCUGCAGUCUUGCUGGGUGGUAAGAGGUACAUAUGGUGAAGAAUUUAUUCCAGCUAGAGGUAAUAUAAAAAAUUGACAAAUGACACCAAUUGCAGAGUACUCUACACAUUCGGCCAUUCCUCCCUUCUGGAGAUGGUAAGUGUGGUAAUAUGUGAUAAUGAAUUGUGGAAAGGAAUAAAUUUUUUAAAUGCAAACUUUCUUUCAUAUGUAUUUCUGCAAAUCUAUCUUUGGCUGAUUUAUACUAUACAAUCUGAGAAAUGUCAAUUCUCUAGCACAUUCUUUAUUUGCAGUAUUUACUAAAUGAACUGUGAACAUAUUUGAGUUUUGUGGUGUUGGUUUCAUUUUGCUUAUAAAUGAGGGUACUGUCCUCAUAGGAAAUGUGCCACAUGCAAUUAGAAAAGAGUCUUGUACAAACUCAUUCUGUGGACUUGUAUCCAACUUUAGACUACAGGAGCCAAUAGAUAAUUAAAAAUAAAUCUGUAAAUAAUUGUGCUUUGCAUAAUUAAUUCAGUAAGGAGACCUAUCUAACAACCUUGAUGAGUGCUUCUAAUGUUACAUCUCCCCUCUAAGCCCACACUUGAGAUCCUUGAAGUUUUAUUAUUUUUAUGUAUUUCCCACUAAACACCAUUUGCAAAGUAACUGAGAGAAGGCAAUGAUGAAUGAAAACCUGAGGAGGCUGUGGAGCAACUCCAGAUGCACUGCUGUACUCAACCUCAUGGAACAUAUAUGCACUAAUAGAAUUAAAAAGCAAUUUAGCAACCCAUGUUAGUAUCAGGUUUGCUUCACUUAGGAUGAGUUAUUGUUUCUAUAUCAGCAAUCAAGUAUUAACUCUUCUGAUUUCCUUAUGGUAAUAAAAAGCCCAUUAACCUGUCAAGUAACAUAGAAUAACCUUUUUAGGUGUUCUGUAAAACAAAACCAAGCCCAUGUAAAAUAAGGAAACAUCUUGAAAAUUAUUCCCAUCUAUUUAUUACAGAAUAUUGCUGAAUUGCCUACUAGCCUUCUCCUUCACACCUCCCCAUCCCGCCAAAUACCAGUACUUGUACCGUUGGGAAUGCCAAUGUACCUGCCUCACCUGAGCUGAAUCCUGUGGUGUGUUACUAGUGAAAUUACCCAUCUAAGCUCCUAGUAAAAUCAGAAGCAGCCUUCUCAUAUGACUGCAUAGAAUACAAGAUCCUAUAAUUGCAUAUUUAUUCGUCACCAUAAUCACCACAUUAGGUUCACAACGUUCAUGGGUGGAAGACACUAGUGCACUUUUAAGGCAAUGGAAUAUUUUUUAGGAGAUUUGGAAUUUGGCUUGUGAAAACAGAAAUGAAAUGGGAACAAAGGCCAUAAAUAACCUGUCUAUCCAUUUGACCAAUUUAUUGCAGCAAAUAUAGUUUGCAUAUUACGACGUUUAAUGCUCUAUUAACUUAAAUGUAGAGUUUGAAAAAAAGUUUAAAAUAAAUGCCAUGUUUGCCUUGC